AUGUCACUGCAAACUGGAGAUUAAUAGAUCACAGUUUCAAAGAUACUUUUAUUGAUGACAAUAACUGGAAGAUGUUUGGAUCAUGCCCCAGUUAUUUGCCAAUCUCAUUCAAUAGAAAAAGUUGUCCUCAAAAUUCACAAACUUAUGCCUCUUUAAUAAGAUAUAACUAAUACAUGGAAAAGACAUUUAAUUAUAGAGCUUUUCAGAUUAAGUAGUAUUUAUUGUUUUUUUUUUGAAAUAGAUAACGUAGCCUCCCAUUUACUGGUUAAGUCUUAAACUCCAAGUGAUAGCUGAAUAAUUUAUGGGAGAAAUUAUUGGCAUACUAUUUAUCUCAAAAUAGUCAAAACGUUUGCAAUAAUUUCUUUACUUAUUUUCAAUUACUUACAAUAACAAAUACAAUUUAUGAUCUCAACACUGAAAAUUAGUUUCUAAUAAAUUUUUGUUUCAGUACUUAUUCAUUAUUUUCAGAAAUUGGAAUUAGAAACGUAUUAAUUUAUGUCAAUCCUUGUCAUCCAACAUGCUUAAAAUGUAACGGUCCUUUAAAAACAAAUUGCUUAACGUGUUUCGAUGGAUAGGUUGUAUCAGGUGGGCAAUGCUAAUGCAUUUCUGAAUAAUAAUUUUCUGAAACUUUUAUAGGUUGUAGUUAGGAAUGUAAUAGAGAUUAUUCUAUAGCUCGUAAUGACAAAUUUUUGUGUAAGACUACAGAAUUAAAUCAUUAUUAACAUUUUUUCAGAAUUAAACAAUUCCUAUAUCAAAUGAUAAUAGGUAUUCUCCUUUUAUUUUCAUAACAGACUAAUUUCAUCCUAAGAACAAUGAUUUAAUUUAUAAGGAUUGUCGUGCAUAUGAUUUUAUUUGUGAAUUGUAAUUUAAUGAAGGUAUGCUUUACUAAAUGAAUUUAUAAGAUUCAGUUAAAUUUCUACCAAGAUUGAAAUCUUAAAUAAUAAUCAAAUAUAAUCUCUACAGCUGA